GUCGCCGUCUUCUCCGCGUGGCGUUUCUGAAUUUCUCCAGAUUCGCAGUUUGUAAGAGUUUAUCGAAGGAAAAUGAGAAUCCCGAAGAUCAUUCUUCGUAUUUUGAUAGUUUCAUUGUCUCUUAUCUUCCAUGUCUGUGCCGAUCAGAUCUUCCCAACUCAUCUUGUUGGAACGGUCAGCCGAAGCAAUCGUGAACCUAAGUACAAGAUUGAAUUCUUCCCAGAAGAUGCACCUUUUCACCCGGACGAUGACCGGGAAUCCAUGGUCAUGCGUGGUAAGAAUGGGCGAAAGCAUUUAUGUUACUUACCAAAGGAUGAAGAAGCAAUGAGUGGUUGGACCUCUUCCCGGGAAAAUGUUAGCAGUGUUAUCAUGGAAGCUGAAAAACAGGUCAAACUAAAGACUCCUGAUGAACUGCUUCAACCUCUUAGUGGUAAAUGCCUUCUCAGACAAGAGGGUUGGUGGUCAUAUGAGUUUUGUCAUCAGAGAUGGGUCCGGCAAUUACACAUCGAGGAUGAUAACAAGAUUUCUCAAGAGUUUAUCUUGGGUAAUUUCGACGCAGAUACAACUGCUGCUUUUAACGAAAAUCUAUCCGAAGCUUCUACAAUGAAAGAUCCUCGUUCAAGUGAUGCAUCUCAAAGGUAUCACUCUCACCUCUUCACCAAUGGAACCAUCUGUGACCUUACAGGCAAGCCUCGAGAAAUCGAGGUGAGGUUUGUAUGUGCUGAAACGAGGGCAAUGGUCACUUCCAUCACAGAGCUUUCCACUUGCAAGUAUGCUCUUACAGUUCAGUGUCCCACACUGUGCAAGCACCCGAUGUUCCAGCAAGAGAAACCAGUGUGGCACACAAUCCACUGCAAUGUACUUACGGAGGAAGAUGCUGAAACAAGAACAGAGGAGGAAGUAGAAGAUGAACCGAUCAAGAUGAUUACAGAUUCUGACAAAAAACCCAUCUAGUGUUUGAUUCAUUUUUAUUUAUUU